ACUGGCUCACGUGAUUCUGUCCGCCCGUCAAGAUGGCGACCAUGGAGGAGGAAGAGGAGGCUCUGCUGGAGGGAGAGCCGCCCGCGGAGGCUUCUGAGGGGAAACCCAUGCCGGCUCUCUGCGACCCCAGCCGCCUGGCCCACCGCCUCCUGGUCCUGGCCCUCAUGUGCUUCUUGGGCUUCGGCAGCUAUUUUUGCUAUGACAACCCAGCAGCUCUUCAGACUCAAGUUCAAAGGGACAUGAAAGUGAACACUGCUCAGUUCAUGGCACUGUAUGCCUGGUAUUCCUGGCCUAAUGUGGUUCUCUGUUUCUUUGGAGGCUUUCUGAUAGACAGAGUAUUUGGAAUAAGGUGGGGCACAAUAAUAUUCAGCUGCUUUGUUUGUAUUGGACAGGUGAUUUUUGCUAUGGGAGCAAUAAGUAAUACUUUUUGGCUGAUGGAAGCUGGCAGGUUUGUGUUUGGGAUUGGUGGGGAGUCCUUAGCAGUAGCUCAAAAUACCUAUGCUGUCAGUUGGUUUAAAGGAAAAGAAUUAAACCUUGUGUUUGGACUUCAGCUCAGCAUGGCUAGAAUCGGGAGCACUGUGAACAUGAAUAUUAUGGGAUGGGUAUACUCGAAAGUUCAAGAUCUUCUGGGUUCUACAGGUCACACCACUCUUGGGGUAGCACUUUUUAUAGGUGGUGUGACGUGUAUUUUUUCUUUAAUCUGUGCUCUCAUUCUUGCUUAUCUGGACAAAAGAGCUGAGAAAAUUCUAUGUAAAGAGCAAGGAAAGACUGGUGAAGUGAUUAAAUUAACUGAUGUGAAAGACUUCUCAUUGUCCUUAUGGCUCAUAUUUAUUAUCUGUGUUUGUUAUUAUGUGGCCGUCUUCCCAUUCAUUGGACUUGGAAAAGUUUUCUUCAUUGAGAAGUUCAAGUUUUCUUCUCAAGAAGCAAGUGCAAUCAACAGUAUAGUGUAUGUCAUAUCAGCACCCAUGUCCCCUGUCUUUGGAUUCCUAGUUGACAGGGUUGGAAAGAAUAUUACCUGGGUUAUAUGUGCUGUGGUGACUACUUUGACUGCUCACAUCAUGUUGGCCUUUACUUUCUGGAACCCUUGGGUUGCCAUGUGUUUGCUGGGAGUAGCUUAUUCCUUGCUUGCCUGUGCCUUAUGGCCUAUGGUUGCUUUUGUUGUCCCCGAACAUCAACUGGGAACAGCUUAUGGCUUCAUGCAGUCAAUCCAGAACUUGGGUCUAGCCAUCAUUUCCAUUGCAGCUGGUAUGAUACUGGAUUCCCGAGGGUACCUCUUCCUAGAAAUAUUCUUCAGUGCUUGUGUGUGUUUAUCACUCAUCGCUGUGGUCAUGCUGUACUUUGUGAAUUACUUUAGAGGAGGUGACCUUAACUUAUCUGCAAAGAAAAGGGAAAAGUUGCAGAAAUUAGCAGUGGAUGAAGCAAAGAGACGGGAACAAAUCAGACGUCAGAAUGAAGAUGACUUAGCCAAAUUACAGCCAAAGAAUGACUUUAGUUUGAGGAAUAGGUAUCUCUCCAGAUUAGGUGCUCAGCUGCCUGACAACUAUGCUUGUCACUUACCUGCACUGGCUCACAGAAGUGUGUUGAAAUAGCAGAGUUGUGUCAAGACAUGGGGAUGCAAUACAUGAAACCAAACACGACCACAGUCUUCCAUACAGCUGCAUAGAUAAUGAAAAUCACAACAAUAUUCUCUACAAACAAACCAAUAGCUGAUAUUUUGAAACUGCUAUCCUGAACCUUGUGCCAAAGCUGAUAGGGUAGGAAUGCUUUUAAAAGGACAUCAGUUGUGUGCUGCUACUGGUAGCUUUCUGGCUUUGCUCAGGUUCUUUGUCUGUUCAUAAUAUAGGCCUGUUGAACAGCUUAAGUUUGAAAAAGAAUUAGAUAGAACACCAAAUUCAGCCCUUUAAAAAUUCCACUUGUUACAAUAUCAGUAAUUAUAUUCUUUCUAUGGCAGACAUCUUAGUUCAUGCCUUAGAUUUCUUUCUAAUGAAGGGAAGCAAUGAAUUUAAUUCACUAGACUAAUAAUUUCUGUGAAAUUUUUGUUUUAUUUUUAUCAGAAAUGAAUGAAACUUUUAAACAAAGCAUACUGUUACUUAAAAGUUGCUGUCUUGAAAAUAGCACAAAUGUCAAGUAUUUUCAUUGUUUAUGUUGAUGAAAAGCAGAAGAUUGACAUUUCCUAUGGAAAUAGCUCAGUAUGUAUCUUUACUAUCAAGGCAAUUGCAGCAGUUUUGUAGAAGAAUGGUAGAAAUCGCCCAUUGCAGUUCAUUGAAAUAAUAAUAAUAACUGAUUGCUUUUGCUACCAAAAGUGAAACUGUGAAAAUACAGAGAGAAAACAGACUUCAGAGCUGACCUUGCUUUUGGAACUCACUAAGGCAGUUGUCACAGCUGCCUUGUUGUUGGACUCAAAUUCACCUUUCCAUAAAUUGUGUGGAAGCUGACAAAAAAAAAAUCACUGAAUGGAAAUCAAAGGAGAUUUUCACUGAUAAUCCCUCUAGAGCAGACAUGGGCAGACUUCAGCCUCCAGGUGUUUUGGACUUCAACUCCCACAACUCCCUAUCUGUUGUUAGGAAUUGCGGGAGUUGAAGUCCAAAACACUUGGAGGGCUGAAGUUUGUCCAUGCCGGCUUUAGAGUAUCUACAUUCUGUCCUCUAAUUAUCUGCAACAGUUCUUCAGAAAGCACAGGACCAGCCAAUUGAUGAAGAAGAACAGGCACAAACUGAGAAACUAAGCUAUAAUAUUACACUUUCAGCAUUGUAAUCUGUAUUCUAAUUAACCCUGACUCUUCUGAUAUUUUUUGUCAGUGUUACUUUUAAUUUUGAUUGUACUUUGAUCCAACAAUAUGGUACAACUUCAUUACUUAAGAUUUCUUAUAUUUUUAUUAUCUGAAGGUUUUAACGCCUAAGUUGAAACUUAGCAGUGUCCUGACCUUGUGAUUGUUAAAGGCUCCUAAUUGAGAAGUUCUUUUGACCCAUAUAACAAACACUUUCGGGACUGUGAUUGUUGAAAAGUUGACCUAGAAGGGAAAUGGAGUACAUUUUACUUGUAACAGUUUUAUAAAAUAAACAAAAUUAUACUUUG